CCGAAUGGCCUAGUCUUAACAUAGUGAAAUCAGCUAUUUAAUCGAAAUGAAGUUAUUCGUAGCCAUUGCAGCUCUGGUCAUUGCCAGCGUUAGUGGAGCCAGUUUGGACUCGAUCUUCCGUCCAGGAUUCCCCGAAGGACGCAUCAUCAAUGGCCAACCUGCCACCAAGGGAGAGGCUCCCUACAUUGUCUCGUUGAAAUCGGGAUCUCACUUCUGUGGUGGUUCGAUCAUUGACGAACACUGGGUCUUGACGGCUGGCCACUGCUUGAUCUACGCCAACUUCGAGGUCGUUGCCGGCUUGUACUUGCGCUCCGAUCAAUCUGAUGUCCAAAUCCGCAAAGUUAACGGCAAGCAAUUCCAAUUCGUGCAUGAGCUGUAUGGCGGUAAUGUUGGUCCCCAUGACAUUGGUCUCAUCUACAUCGAAGAGGCCUUCGACUUGAAUGCCUUGUCUCGUGAUGGCUCUGCUCCUGUUGCCAGCAUUAAGUUGCCCACCGGACAAUACGAACAAGAAGGAAGCGGCUUACUCUUCGGCUGGGGACGUGACAAUUCCGGUGCCCUACCCAAUACUUUGCAAAAAUUGGAUGCUAACAUCAUUGGCUACACUGAGUGCAAGGCUGCCCUUCCCAGCUCUGCCCCCAUUGAGAAUGUGAACAUCUGUACCUACACUGCCGGUACAACUGACGGAGCUUGCAAUGGCGAUUCUGGUGGUCCAUUGAUCAUCAACACCCCCGCCGGCGCUGAAUUGGUCGGUAUUGUUUCAUGGGGCUAUACCCCAUGUGCUUCCACCAGAUACCCAUCAGUCUUCACCUCAGUCUCCUCAUACCAAUCAUGGAUCUACGAAAAAAUGACCGCUUACCAAAUCUAAAUAUGCAAUUUUCUAAAUAAAAUUUAAAUGCAAUUACGAAAAAAAAAUAAUUUUUUCUUUACAAUGCAAGAACAACGCUGUUACAAUGAUUGUAAAGGGGAUUUCCCCUAUUGCCGUUGAUAAAUAAAUGUGGUGACAGCAUGAA